CACCAGAAGGAUUUAAUCGUCGUCGACCCCUGCCCUCCACCCCACGUUCGCGCCCUGCUUAAAAUUAGGCAGGCGCCGCGCCCCUUUUUAAUUUUUUCGGGGCCGGACCUGCCAACCUCCCUCCCUCCUCCACGUACAAUAGAACGCAAUGCCGGCCGCAGCAGUAGUGCGCGACAUGUCCCCGCGCCUCGCUGUUGUUUCUUGAUUUCUUCUCUCUGCUCCUUGUGUUGUUUGGUCCUCUUUGGUCUAACCUGAGAUCUAUCAACGAGCGUUAUUGCGGCUCUUGUCCUUGUUCGUGGGUGAGGAGAGGACGCCGGCCGUUUCUAGCACCGGGUGCUGCUGAUCCUGUUCUUCGUCACGGCGGCGGCCUUAUCGCUCUGGUCUCCGGGAAGCCGCGGCGGUGCACGACCGCCGGGGCCAACGUGCCCACGCCUUGCGCAUCAAGCUCGAGGCGGUGGGCUGGGUGAUGGUGCGGUUCCUCCGGCGGCAUAGCCUUGACAAGAGCAACUCGCACACCCACCUACGGAAGGAGGAGGAAGAGAGCAACAGCUGUAUAGAAAGCGACACGGCGGAGAUGCAAGAGCCCGGUGGCAAUGGUGGCGGGGGUGCUCCCCCGCUGCCCAACGGCCGGACGGCGCCUCGCUCCCGUCUCGCACGCGACGGGCCGCCCUCAGAUUUGGACGUGAUGAAGGAGAGAUUCGCGAAGCUGCUGCUUGGAGAGGACAUGUCAGGGACCGGGAAAGGCGUGCCGUCGGCUCUAGCGCUGUCCAACGCCAUCACCAACCUGGCCGCGUCCGUCUUUGGGGAGCACCGCAAGCUGGAACCCAUGGCGCCGGACACCAAGGAGCGGUGGAAGAAGGAGGUCGGCUGGUUGCUGUCCGUCACGGACCACAUCGUCGAGUUUGUCCCGACAAGACAGACCGCCGAGAACGGUACUACCAUGGAGAUCAUGUCGACAGCGCAGCGUCGCGACCUGCAGAUAAACAUCCCCGCUCUGCGCAAGCUGGACGCCAUGCUCAUUGUAAGCGCUAUUACCUUAUUAGAUUUAGCUAGGCAUCUUCAACGGCAACCUGCAAAAAACCUCCCUCAUUCAUCUAUAGACAGGGAAGGGGAGCCUUGGCGCAGUGGUAAAGCUGCUGCCUUGUGACCAUGAGGUCAUGGUUUCAAGUCCUGUAAACAGCCUCUUACAGAAAUGUAGGGAAAGGCUGCGUACUAUAGACCCAAAGUGGUCGGACCCUUCCCUGGACCCUGCGCAAGCGGGAGCUACAUGCACCAGGUUGCCCUUUUUUAUUCAUCUAUAGACAGGGAAUCAGUCUGCGGACACGGACCAACGGCACGAAAUUCAAUCAAAAAGAUGAAUUUUGAUAUAAACACGGCAUAUUUCAUUGAAAGUAGGAUAUUUGUACAUAAAUUCGGCCCAGUGAACUAAAAACCUAAAACUAAGACCCUAAACUAUCCUAUGCUUCACAGUGACCUCAUAGCCAAUGCCAAGCUGGCCGGCUGCUUCUCUUCCGUCAUCGUUGCCCGUCGCCGUCGAAGGAAUCAUCGUCGCGCUUGAGGCGGCGGCAGGUGGUGGUGCUGCGGAAAUGCUUCCCGGCGGUCACCUGAUGCGCACGGAUGAUCCUCUUCGCCUCCUCCUGUGCUGUGCACUGUUAGGCCGCGGCCACCAAGGACGUGGGCUGUGGGAGAGGGCGACUGUUGUUGGAGGCGUCGUCGUUGGCGGCGGCGGCGAUCUCGGUGAGGGACCAUUCCUCGCUGUACCUGCCCAUCUCCCUGUCAAGGCAGCAGAGACGGCGCUUGGCCGUCUCAGACGUCGUCACAGAGCGGUCCAGGGCCCAGAUGUAUGCCACGUCUGGAUCCGCCGCGAUGUGCGGCGGCGGGAUGUCGGAGUCCGCGAACUGGGAUCGACGGAGUCCCACCAACGCUGC